AAUAUGUCCGUUGAAAUUGAAUCCGCUUUAUAGUACAAAAGUUAUAAACAUUGCUUUGAAGUAGUAGAAUAGUGUGUUAUUUAGCUAAUGAUAUUAUAUAAAAAGUGACCUGGAUAAGUGCCUAUCUAUAAAUUUACACAAUGAACCAAAGUCCUACACUUCAGUCACCUCUUACAAGGUUGAGCAUUGGCGGGAGUUUAAGUAGUCCUCUCAGAAAACGCGAUUCUCAACGACUUGGAGCUGCAAGAAAAGUACCGCAAAAUCGAGCUGAUGUAUUACAAAACGAGGUACAGAAUGACGAUGAUGCUGAAAGAUCAUCACUUUUGGCCUCGGAGAGAGCUGUGGCCACAUCCACACCACUUUCAAGAGGUACCUCGAGAGAUCUUAGAGAGUCUAUGUCUUCAUCACCAUUAAAAGAACAUUAUCAAGGAUGCUUAAAACUUUAUGCAGAAAAUAAAAUAAAUAAGGACAAUGCAUGGAAUCUUCAGUUGAUUGAUUUCAUGACAUCAAUGCUGAGACGUCACGAUGCAAGAAUGGAAAAUUUGCAGACGGCCUCCACAGUAGUUGAUGCUUCUACAAGAAUUUACUCAUUCAGAGUGGAUGCUGUGCAUUACGAUGUAUUAAAAAUGGCAGGGGGAUUGAUAAAGGCUACCCAGAGCAAAAGAGGCAAGAAAGAUGAUGAUGCAGUAGAGGAUGAAGGUGGAGAGGAAGGCAAUGCAGCUGCAACUAAAAAGAAGAAAAAAAGGUCAAAAGGGGCUAUUGCUACAAAUCCUGACACACUGAAUGGUGAUUUUGAUGCGAUUGAUUGUGUUGAUCCAUUCUUCGAGAGGCUAGCAGCAACAACAGGAGAUGUCAAUUCAUCUAACAGAGCCUUCAAUGCAACACUAUCUGUGAAUGAUAAAACUCUUGCUUUAAUAUUAAGGACAGAUGAAAAAUUUCUAGAAACUAUAAAAGAAAAUGUACCUGAAGAUAUUGACCUCUCUGAAAAAAUAACCCUUUCAUCUAAACUCCUGCCAGCGUUCACGGAAAACGAUCCAAUUUGUGAACCGUUUGCUCGCUUCUCUAUAAGCAAUUGGAAUCCAGAUGCAGAAGACGGUGAAAACAAAAUAAACAAUUGGAUGGAUGAUAAUGUAUUAAAUUCGUCCCAACAAGCUCUUGCAUUUGAUGUCAAUGCCGAAGUGGAACCGAUACCUCAAGAUGAACAGCACAAUGAUUUAUGUGACGACGAGCCCCUGGGCGGCAUCGAUAGCGAGGAGGAGGCAGACGUAGCGGUGGCCGCGUGUGCGGCGCGAAUACCGCCCGCGGCUGUGGCGCGGCUCACGGACAUGAGGCCCGCCGCGAGCACGCACUCGCGGCUGGAGUACUCGUACUGCGCCGUGCUGGCGGCCUGGGCGGGGCCCGCGCACUGGAGGCUGAAGAACAACCGCGCAUCUAAGAUUGCGGAGCGCACGCAAGGCACAACGACCAAAGUUGUGGAGAACAAACGAGCGCGCACCAAGCGACAGCUGGACUUCAUGGGCGCGGGGCUGGCCCUCGACUGCAGGUCCCAGCCGGGCGCCGAGUACGAGCCGACCCAGGCGGCCAAGAUCAUGAUCAGCAGGAAGACCCUGGCGACGGGACACACCUGGAACGAAGCUAAUUACAAGACUACCAUUGACAGGGGUCUGGAUGAGUCGCACUUCUGCAAGUUGUUCUUGCGAGAGAACGUGGUGUUAGUGGGACAGCGGCACUCGGCGCCCUGCGAGCAGAGUGCCCCGGGUCCCGAGCAGGAGCCCGUCACGGUGGAGCCCCAGGACUACAACUACGACAACGAAAACGACGCCUCAUACUGCCCCAACACAAUGCCGGAGGGUGAGGAGUGGGCGAACGAAGAUGGCCUGGCCGCGGGAGGACUGCAUGACCAGCUCGGAGAGAUGCUGGAGCCUCCCACCAAGAUUGCGAAAAUCUUCAUUCCGUACGCGAUGCGAGCGAAGAAAGUGGACAUGAAACAAUUGAAACACUGCUCGUGGAAAAUGUUAACGGAGAACACGCCAUCAGGGGAGAAGGAAGAUGUCAAGAGUACGACGUUCUUCUCCGUGUACAAACGACUGCCGAGCAAACUGUCAAGCAACAUGGCGGACACGCUCAGUGUGCCACUGGCCUUACUGUCGGUACUACAUCUGGCUAAUGAGAAGGGACUCAUUCUACAGAAACAAGACGACCUAAAAGAUUUCAGUAUCAAAGGUCUCAUCAAAGAGUCAUAAAAAUUUUAAUAAUUUAUUUGUUCUGCGACGUUUCGUGCGAAUUAUAUGUAUCAGUAAAUAAGUUUUAGAUAUAUUUACAAUUAUUUGUAGUUAGUAUAAGGUUUAAUAUGAGAUACAUUUUAUUGUAAACUAGCUUUUGACCCGUGAAUUUGUCCAUAAUAAUUUAAUUGAACAAGCCAUAAUUGUGUCCACGUGACGCCCGAUUUAUGUUGUAUAAAUAUACUGUACAAUGAUAUUUGAUAUAAAUAUACAUUGUUUUAAUUCAGAAA